GGGCUCCACGCGCGGGGGCUCCGGCCGCGGGGCCCCGUACAGGCUCAGCUCGUCCCGGAGCAAAGGGGCCGGAAGUUCCGGGCCCCCGGGAGGCUCCGGGCCAACACGGGGCUCGGCCAAAGAGACGCAGCUGCCGGCAUUGCGCUGCCUGUCACCUUCGCUCCUACGGUGUCCGAGGAGCGAAGCGUGUCCGCCCGUUCGUUUGCUCUGACGUCACCGGUUGCCAUGGACACGUCAACAGAAACGGUCCCCGCCGUUCACUUUUCCGCCAUUUUUUUUUUUACCGGUCGCCUUUUCGAAGGAAGUUAAAUAACUUAAGUUGUUUAUAUAUUUUUAAUGAUAUAUAUAUUGAAAGGUGAGCUUUUAUUCUGAAUGGAGGAUCUCGGAGUGUCCUCCGAUCAGCAGCUGCUGGCUCUCUCUUCCUUGUUAUCAACUCAGCCUGAGGAUGAUGAUGGUGAUGAAGACUGCACAGGGGUCUCCGGUGCAGGACUGGGCCCCGGACACAUCGGCCCGCCGGCCAGAAGAGACGGAGCAGUGCCGUCUGUCCGUGAGAAGAAGAACGACAAAGACAUCUGGAGCCAGGAGGAGGUGGCGGAGGGCUCUCAGCACGACGACCUCGCUGACCCGCGGCCGCAACCCGAGUAUGACGUCCUCCUGAAGCAGAGUGUGGGGACCGAGGAUCUGUUCCUGGGCCUGAGCAGGAAGGACCCGUCCUCCAUGAGCUGUGAGGCCAUGCUGGUGAGGAUCAAACUGCCCGACACCGAAGCGGCGGACGUGGUCCUGGACGUGAGUGAGCGGUUCCUGGACCUCCGGACGCCUCGGUAUAAACUGGGUCUUCACCUCCCUCAUCCCACCCACGGCCACGGGGGCCGGGCUCAGUUCUUCGCGGAGAGGGGCGAGCUGGAGGUGACGCUGCUCUUCAACCGGCCCAUGGACGACGCCCACAACCUGCUCUGAGCGGCGAGGAUGACCACAUGACCACCUGAUUACAUUCUUAUUAAAUACGCUUUCAGAACA